AUGGCACCUUCGUCUACUACUGAACUAAUGGACACAACGGAACAAACUAAUGCCAAUGGAGAUGAUGAUCGGUUAACUCUGAAUAACGUUAUUUUUGCUGGUAGUGGGCACAGUAAAUGCGUUAUUUGCCGUCAAGAAACACGUCGUGGGAUGAUAUCGAUGCCAAAAAGUGCUCGACUAGAUCUACUUAUUAUUCACUUAAUGUACGCACCAAACGGCGUUCGUUGUUGUCCAUCUCAUCUACUCAAUAAUAAUCGUUUAUUACCUGAUGUCGAGAUAAGUAUGGGAAAUCGUCAGCAACUUGCAGCAUCCCUCUUAUCAUCAGAAAUGAUUGAUCUUGUGACUGAUCUACUUUCACUCCUUCAUGAAGCUGUUACAUCUCCUCGUCUUGAUUUUCUGGAUCCUUCUUUAAAUGAUGAAGAUUACUUGACCUGGACAGGCUGGACAAAAGCUCAGUUUGAUAACAUGUUUGAUAUCAUUUCUCCUUAUUUACGUUCGUCUUCUAAUCGUAAUACUCGAAAUGCUCUCGCUAUGUUUUGGAUCAAACUGAAAACUAAUUUGUCUUUCCGACAAAUAGGUUCUGUAUUUAAUAUUCCAGGAAACAGUGAAGACCGACGCAAACGAGCUGCUGAUGCAUUCGAUAGCGUUCGUCAAUGUUUAAUUGAGAAAUUCGUACCUCGUCAUUUAGGCGUCCAACACUUAGCUAGAGAAGACGCCAAAAAGCAAAAUACGAGUUUUAGUAUUGAAUUUUUUGGCAAUAAUGUGACUAUAAUUUGGGAUGGAACAUAUCUAUAUAUGGGCAAAAGUAGUUCGCACUUGAUCAAUCGGAAAACUUAUUCUGGCCAAAAACAUCGCCAUUUAAUUAAAUUCAUGUCCCUGAUAUUACCAAAUGGAUAUGUACUUGAUACCAUAGGUCCAUUUUGGGGGACCAUGAAUGAUGCCUCUAUUGCAAAGAAUAUCACCGACACAUGUGAUAUUCUCAUGAAAUGGUGCGAAAAAGGUGAUACGAUGAUUGUCGAUCGCGGAUUCCGCGAUGUUAUUGAAUCGUUUAUUGAUAUGGGGUACGAAGCAAGAAUGCCCGACUUUUUAACUAAAGGACAAAAGCAGCAUACCGUAGAACAAGCAAACAGAUCUCGCUUGAUCACAAAAGUCCGAUGGAGGAUUGAAUCGUACCAUGCUCGUAUGAAAAAAUGGGCUUUAUUAAGUGGUCGGAUUGAAAACGCUUUCAUCCCAAAAGUAGCUGAUUGUGUACGUAUUGUGUCAGCUGCCCUUAACUGCUACCGAGGACAGAUCGGUCAGCAUGCUAUCAAUAGCGACGAUAGCAUGCUUGCACAAUAUAUGCGUCAACAAAUAGGUCGUAAUAAUAUAUUACAAGCUCGUGUUGAUCAAGGCUUAUUAUCCUCCCGCUCUCGGUGGAAAAAAAUCGAAGACAGCAAUUUCGAUUUUCCACAGAUAUCUCUAAAAGACUUACGUCAAUUAUUCUUCGGAACAUAUCAGAUAAAAAUGGGGCGUUCAUAUGUGGAGGAGCAUAUGAAUAGCGAUGGAGAUUAUAUUAUUGAAGUGGAUAAUUCCAACGACAAUAUCGUACGCGCAAGUAUACAUAGUCGACAUUCAAACGCUUCAAUAUAUAAAGCUUGGAUUCAAUUUUCGCUUACUGAGGAUCCAAUUGAAGCAUGGUACUGUCAGUGCACUGCCGGGGCGCGCAAUGUCGGGUGCUGCAGUCAUGUGGCAAGUAUUAUUUGGUAUCUUGCCUAUGCUCGACACAACAACUUCACACCAUCUGCAGGUCGUCAAAGAUUAAUACAAGCCUUAACAAGACAAGAACCACAGACAGAAACAGAUACUGAUACUGAGUCCAGCUCAGAAGAUGAAUGA